AUGUCUGUUGCACCCACAACGAACAUCCCAGCGUCAAAAUCGCAUGUGCGAAUCUACACUAUCUACACCAUGAAAAUGAGCUCCUGGGCACGCUUCAAUGGCCUGCGACAGCUUCGCUCUGAGAGUCCUCGAAUCUCCCCAGCUGUUGAAAACAGGGGCGGGGCAUGGAUUGCUGUACUCCCGCUCACAAAGACGCAGCUUUCCAUGGUCAUGCAUCCAGGGAGCGCGCCAGUGAUCCAAGAGCACGUGCAAAAGACACCCACGAGUCUAGAGCAACGCCCAGGAUGGUCCCGAACUCUUACUCGGAAGGUCGAGCAGAUGCAGGCUUACAGCCAGCAGAUCAAAGAGUCUGCAAGAUGGGUCGCCCAGACUGCCGAUGUGUCAGAGGAGCGGGCCUGCUGGGCCAUUGGCGCCGUGAUUUCCCGGUCUUUCGCUGCCGACGAGGUGCGAGCCAUGGUUCCCUUGGCAGACAUCUUCAAUCAUAAGCCUCAGCGGCCGGCAGAGGGUGGCUCGGAUGCGGCGUGGCGCCUCUCUGAGGACGGCUCGCGCUUCGAGGUGAGGGCCGUGGAGACUGCCAAGGUGGGUGAGGCAUCGGGGGCCUGA